UAGAUUAAGGGUUCAAAAUUCUAAGGUUAUAAUAAUAAGAUGCCUAGAGCCGUAAAGUAUAUGUUAUAUUAUAAUAUAUUCUAUCCAUUUUGGGUUACAUCGUUAUGUGUUGUAUCAAAGGUCUUAAUAAUUGAAUUGUAGUAUUCGUAGUGUGAAAUUGGGUCCGAAAUUGAAUGCUGACAAAUUUGGAAAUAUUUGAAUAUUUUGAUUAAAGUUUCAAUAUGCAGUCGGAACAAAGUCUUACUUCUUCUGUUAAAGAAAAAUUUGAAUUGACUGAGGAUAUGAGGAAGAAGCUUACAGAAUUGCCUCAAAUAUUAGAGUUCAUUGAAAAUUUAUUGAAAUAUAUUGGCAAAUAUAAAAAAAAAAUUAAAAAGUUGAAAUCAGAAAAUAAGAAAACACCAAUAAGAAAAGAUGCAGCAGUCCAAACAAGUUUCCAAUUGCACUGUGAAAGCAAACCAGUACAUAGCUUCGAUGAACCAGUUGAAAGUAUAACAGUAGAUAUAACAAAAGCUGCUGAGCAAGCUAUCCAAAAUUCUGGAUUUGUUUAUGAAAAAACUUCGGGAAUGUAUUAUGAUUAUAACACUGGCUACUAUUACAAUGCAGAAUAUGGACUUUAUUAUGAUGGUAAUAGUGGUACCUACUUACAAUAUAAUCAAGAUACAAAGUCAUAUGAGUAUCAUUCUCAAAUUCACCUAGAUGCUCAAGAACCAAAGUUUCCAGAAAAGAUUGGUAAAAGAAAAAUAAAAAAUGAGGUUGAAGGAAAAGCUAAACGUAAAAAAACCAAUAAGAAUAAUGAUCCUGUCGAUGUUGAAGAAGGUGAAUGUACAGAAAGUGGUUCAUCAGAUGUGAUUUCUAGUUCCGAAGAUGAGGCUGAUUCUGAGAGCGAUUUGAAUAAGAGGUGGCCUCCUUGUAUGAGAGUAAUUGUUGAAGAAUCACAAGUUCCUAGUUUGAAAAAAGGAUCAUUACAUAUAAUUACAUUUGAAGGAGGAAGUAUUGGGCGUGAAGGAAAUCAUUCAAUAACAAUAUCUGAUAUUAAUAUAAGCAAACAUCAUUUGAAUAUCAUUUAUAAUAAGGAUUCCAACAAGUUCCAAGCUGUGGAUAUGGGUUCUAGGAAUGGUACCCUAUUAAAUGGUGUGAGGAUGUCAACUUCAAAGCAAGAGAGUGAAUGUUUGGAUGUAGUUCAUGGGAGUAGACUUCAACUUGGUUCUACAGUACUUUUAUGCCAUGUACAUGAAGGUUCACAAACUUGUGGACAUUGUGAACCAGGACUUCUGAAACAAGAUGAUAGUGAUAUGAUCGAUGAAAAGACAAAAACUGUAAAAAGGGAAAGUCAUAGAAAAGAGUUGAAGAAUUUAAAAAAGAAGUUUGGAAUGAAUAAUUUCCAUACUGAAAAGACUAGUUUAGCUUCAGGUUAUACAGAUAGAGCACAAAAGCGGAGAGAGAUUAUUGGUAGUCAUAAUGAACAUGAAAAAACUGAGGUGUCUUCAUUAAAUGAAUCAAUUUCUUCAAAGAAUAAAGGAUUUCAAUUACUGUCAAAAAUGGGUUGGAAGGAAGGACAAUCCCUUGGAAAAGAGGGACAAGGAAUUAUAGAACCAAUAAAAUUAGUUUCCAACGAAGGCACCUCUGGUGUAGGGAGUUCCAAUCCUGAUGUCAUUGAGGUUUCAAAGGAGCAGAAAAAAAAGAAACUGAUAUGGAAGAAGACACAAGAGAGAUUUGAUAAGUUGCAAGAGACGAACAAUAUUUUUGAAGAUGAAGAUUAAUUCUUUGUUAUGAAAUCAAAAAAGUUGAUUUAAUAUUAAUUUUUCUAAAAAAAAAAAACAUCAUUUAUUUGAAUCGUUCAUAUCAUUGAAUAAAACUAAGAUGUUUUAUUUUGUGAAAUAAAAUAUAAAAAAAAAAUUAAUUAUUGUUAUGUUACUCUACUUAAAUAUUAAAUAUAUAUAAAUACCAUUUAUUUGAAUCGUUCAUAUCAUUGCAUAGAACUCGGAUGUUUUAUUUUGUGAAAU